CAGCUACACAAUGAUAAAAAUGCUAAUUUUGUCAAAUCACCAUGUGCAUUAGUAAAUGAAAAAUGCCACUGCAAUAUAAACACACCGAACACAACACAGGAAAGUAUCGAAGCCAAUCUUUCAGCAAUAUCAAGUUUUGAAGAAGAUUCAUUCUGCCAUGAUAUUAAUAGUAAAAUUAAAAAUAUAAACCACACUAUACGUCCAUGCGAUAAUAAUAUGAAACAAACAAUGAAUUUGAAUCUCGACAAACAUAAGCAAAGUUUGGGACAGAAAAAUAAAUACCGAAGUUGUAGUAGUCCAAGGAAAUAUAGUUCGGCAAAGGAAGAUAGCGAUAUCGUGGGUUAUAUUAAUAAUCCUACGUCAGAAAUAGAAACAGACAUCCACAGACCGGAAACGAUUGAACUCUGCGACGACAGUAUUAAAGCCGAUUUAUGCACAGAAUCAAAUCAAGAAAUAAUUGACACCUCUGACGACAGUAUCUUACAGGAAAUGAAGAAGAAAUCUCAACGUCCUAAUGACCAAACGCGUGAUCGUGAUCUCAAAAAAUGGAUUCGUCACUGUAGGCGCGAAUAUGCACAACAAACUUGCAAUACUGCUGAGAAAAAUAGUCAAAAGUGAUUGUUUCAACUUGUAGCUUAAAUUAACUUUCACAGUUUUUCGAAAGCAUUAUUGUGACGUCAUUAUAAUCAAGAGUAAUUUGC